AUGAGGGGAGUGGGAGCGGCAGUGGUAGUGUUGCAGUUGGCUGAGGGGACUGGGAGCGGCAGUGGCAGUGUUGCGGUUGAGUGGACUGGGAGCGGCAGUGGCAGUGUUGCGGUUGAGUGGACUGGGAGGGAGAGGGAAGAUGUCGAGCGCAAACAUAGCAGCGAAUGCCAUCCUGAAGGAUGUGAAAAGCAAACAAAUAAGUGUACUGAACCAACAUGUAAAUGUAAAUGUUGCAUAAAGAAAUGUGAAGAUCAUCCUGAAUCCUGCAUUCCCCCUCCCCCGCCUCCCCCUGCUGUACCUACCAUCGCCGCCGUCAUCGUUGCCAUCAUCGUCGCCAUCAUCCUGCUCGACAUAUGCAUCUUCCGCUUCCCAGUCGGCCGCAACAUCCGCGAUUUCCUCGUCCGCAAGAUACCCUUCUGCAUCGCGUUUUACAGCUGA